CAACUCCUUUUAUUUAAAUAAAUCAACAAUUGCCUUCAUGUGACUCCUGCUGAAGAACGCAGAGCUAAUCCUGACUCCUCCCAGGAGGAAGUUUGUGCCGCCCGCGAUGACCAAUACCCCAGCACGUUGUGGGCACAGGCAGGCGCUGCGGCUGGAGCUGCCGGGAGGUUUCCCUCUGCCCACUGCUCCGGAUGUUGCGGUUUCACCAUCGCCCGAGCCCAUCUAACCGCUGGCUGCUGUGCUUGUGCUCUCCUUGGUCCCACCCUCUUACUCAUGCUGGCUCGCUAAAGCUGUUCCAGCAUGCCAAGCUGGCAGAAAACUCACGCAACAAUUAAAAAAAGAGGUUUCUCUCAAGUCAGAGCACUGAAACAGCUCAGCCAAACGCCCGGCGCGCAACACCGCAGGUGAGGAAGGUGACCUGACCUGACCUGGGAGUGGGCCCGGCGCCAAAGUUAACCCUGCUACGAGUAGCGGAACGAAGCGUACAUUAUCCUAAUAAAGUCUCUUUCCGCACGAAGCGUCCAAGACAGAGCAGAGCAGCAACAGCCAGCGCGCUUGGUGAUUUUUGCGGUGUGUCUGCAGCUCGGUGCGGGGCUGCCCAGGGCUCAGCGAUGCUCCGCGAUGUGUCCUGCAGGAGCAGCCCGGCUGUGGCCGGGGCUCCAGGCGCUGAGUGCCGGCUGCUCCUCCCGCUGCGCGCCCGGGAGCCAGCGGGAACCGCCAGGCCAACCUGGGGUGGGCUGAACCCGUGAAACCGAGCUCUCAGGGACUGGGAAGGAGGGUGAGCUGCAGCCCCCUCCGGGGUCACGCUGUGCACGGUGACAAAUACAAAACCGACUGGGCUUUGGGUGAGGUUACACGGAGCCGCCGGCUGCGGGAGCAGGGUUCCCCUGCUCCCCUCCACGCUCGGCCUCGCCCUCCUGCUCCCGGCAGGGAAUGAGAUGGUCCAGUUUGCCCAUUCUGGCACAAAACCAGCCAGCGGGAAGCCCUUUCUGUUGGCUCAGCAGGACAAACACGUUCAACAGUGUGCCAGGAAACGCUGGUGCCAGCGCGGGCUGGGACCGUCCCCGGCGCUGGCAGCCAAACUUAGGGACAACUCCUCUGGAGCAUCGCGGCGGGCCGGGACCGUCCCAGGCGCUGGCAGGCACAGCGUUCAGGAAAACUCCUCGGGAACAGCCGCACGCCGCGCCGACCGAGAGGCGGCGGCCGAAUUACUGCUCCCGGUGGCUCAUGAAUAUUCAUGAGGGCGGCCUCCUCUCCCCCCAUCCUCGGUCCGCCCGCGUCACGUGACGCCGCGAGGCCGGAAGCGGCCCUGCCGGCCGGGCUCGGGGACGCCGCGCGCCCGCCCGCCACAGCCACUUCCGCCCUUCCGCCAGCACGGGAUUCCCCGCGCGCCGGCGCCCUCCGCGCUUCCGGUAAGCGCGCGCGCGCGCCCGGCCCCCGCCCCGACCUCCGGCCGCGGCCACCUCGCCGGUGCCCCCGCCCCGGGGAGCCUCCCCCGGGCCGCCGCCGCCGCUCCGCCGCCCCGUUUUCAAGCGAAACCGCUGAUGACGCCGUUCCGCUCCUCUUGGCGACCCGGAAGCGCCGGGGCGCGCCCCGCCCCCUGACCCGGAAGCUCCUCCCCGCUGUCUUUCCGAGCCGGCCCUGGAAGGAGGAGAAAUGCAAGAGGAGGGAGAGUGAGAGGGCUAGGAUGGAAGAAUCUCAUUUCAACUCCUCCCCGUACUUCUGGCCAGCAGUGCCGACCGUCUCGGGACAGAUUGAGAACACCAUGUUCAUUAACAAGAUGAAGGAGCAGUUAUUGCCCACAGAGAAGGGCUGCAGCCUGGCUCCCCCCCACUACCCUGCCUUGCUGACAGUCCCCACCUCUGUGGCCCUGCCCACUGGUAUCUCCAUGGACUCGGACACCAAGCCAGAGCAGCUGACACCACACAGCCAAGCCCCUGUGACUCAGAACAUCACCGUGGUACCAGUGCAGUCUGCUGGGCUCAUGACAGCAGGUCCUGGUCUGGUGAUAACUUCCCCGUCAGGUUCUCUGGUGACCACAGCUGCCUCUGCCCAAACCUUUCCCAUCUCAGCUCCCAUGAUCGUCUCUGCGCUACCCCCUGGCUCCCAGGCAGCCCUGCAGGUGGUUCCAGACCUGUCCAAGAAAGGGACAACCACCCUCACUGAAGGGGCUGGGGGAGUUGCCCCCAAACCACCCCGGGGCCGGAAGAAGAAACGAUUGCAGGAGUCGGGGCUGCCAGAGAUGAGUGACCCCUUUGUGCUGACAAACGAAGAUGAUGAGGACCAGCACAAGGAUGGCAAGACAUACAGUUCCGUGAGCAGCGGAACUAAUGAUGCCUGGUUUCCAGCGGCUCUCUCCUGUGUGGAUUCUCUGAUGUCUAAUCAAGGGUGCCGGAUGUGUUCGCUGACCUUCUACUCCAAGUCGGAGAUGCAGAUCCACUCCAAGUCCCAUACGGAGACAAAGCCACACAAGUGUCCUCACUGCUCCAAGAGCUUCGCCAACAGCUCCUACCUGGCCCAGCACAUUCGUAUCCACUCAGGGGCCAAGCCCUACACGUGCAGCUACUGCCAGAAGGCCUUCCGCCAGCUCUCCCACCUGCAGCAGCACACACGGAUCCACUCCAAGCUCCACACGGCGAUUGUCAAGCCGCACAAGUGUCCUCACUGCUCCAAGAGCUUCGCCAACACAUCCUACCUGGCCCAGCACCUCCGCAUCCACUCGGGGGCCAAGCCCUACACCUGCCGCUACUGCCAGAAGGCCUUCCGCCAGCUCUCCCACCUGCAGCAGCACACACGUAUCCACACCGGGGACCGACCCUACAAAUGUGCUCACCCUGGGUGUGAAAAGGCUUUCACCCAGCUUUCCAACUUGCAGUCCCACAGACGGCAGCACAACAAAGACAAACCUUUCAAGUGCCACAACUGCCACCGUGCGUACACGGAUGCUGCCUCGUUGGAGGUACACCUGGCUACGCACACGGUGAAACACGCCAAGGUCUACACCUGCUCCAUCUGCAGCCGGGCCUACACCUCGGAGACGUACCUGAUGAAGCACAUGCGGAAACACAACAUCCCUGACCCACAGCAGCAGGUGGUUCAGGCACAAGCCCAGGCCUCGCAGCAGCAGCAGCACUUCCAGCCACAGGGCGGGGGGGCAGCAGGGGGCCCUUCUGGAGACACUAACCAACCCAACCCUCCCCCCCAAUGCUCCUUUGACCUGACUCCUUACAAGACUUCAGAGCAUCACAAGGACAUCUGCCUCACUGUCAGCACCAGCGCCAUCCAGGUGGAGCACCUCUCCAGCUCCUAGAGAGACCUCAACCCAGGGAGCAGAAAGCCUCUUGUGCAUAGCCUGUGCCAGGGGCACCGCUUAUGCAGCGGCCCUCCUCGUGCAACAGUUUCCGGCCUCUCCUCCUGCAACAGCCUCUUCUGGCCGUUUAACCCUGUUCAUGGCAGCCCCUUGAACAACAGCCUGUCUCAAGGGGGUGCUCUUUCUGUGCAACAGCCUGCCUGGUAGGAGGAUGCUUCCUUGUGCAAGAGCCCCUUUCCUGUGCUGGGAUCACUUCCUCAUGCAAGAGCCCCUCCUUUGAAACCCAAAGAAAGGCCCCUGUUUUGCCUUCUCUCUCACUGUAGGAUGUGUACGAAGCGGGGUUGCGUGUUGAGACACGCAUGGUGGAUGGGAUGGAGAGAUGGCCCUUGUAUAUACAGGGGCUUGGACACGUGUUUUUAGCAGGCCACAGAAGAAUGUGGCAGGGUUGACAGCUGGAUGGGGUUCUUUGAGGAUUGCCUUGAGUGUCUAAGAGAGAAAUAUCCAUUCCUGUCCCUCCUGCUUGUGAAAGGGAGGAGGGGUCGCUCGUCCUGCCCCAAGGACUGGAUGGGAGAAACCUCCUCCCCAGUGGAAGGUGAGACCAGUGGAGGGGGGAAAGGUGAGGCAUGUUCUCUGGGAUGGACAGGUGUCUACACUGCCUAAGGGCUGUGGAGUAUUGCGUUCUUUCUCCUCCGCUGGUGGAGAGCAAUAGAGAGGAGUCUGUCUGAACUGACUGCUGCCUCUCUCUCCCAGCUGUCUGAGCAGCACGAUGGCCCUGUAGGAAUGUGGGUUCCUGCUCAUUGCUCUUCCUGCCUGUUGUGGAUGAUAUCCUAGCAGCUUGUACUCCUCCUCCUCUCCCUCCUGCUUUUCCCCCCACCUCCUCAGAAAAGCCUGCAGGCAUCAACAACAAACCAAAAAGCAACUGGAGGGAGGGUAAGAGACUGCCAAAAUAAUCAUCUCCCUUCUCUCUACUCCCUUUCCUGAAAGAUGGAAUGACAGCAGUUCUGACACUCACAUACCUGUCCUGCCCCCAGUUUCCCAAAGGGAGAGGAGGAGGAGGAGGAGGAGGAGGAGGAGGAGGAAUAGACCAGUCUUUUCAAGGAGCUGGCAGGAGGCAGGGAAAGGCUAACUUGUCCUGCUCAUCUCCUGCCAGAGUGCUCUCCCAGGCUCCCUCUUGCCAAGACGGGCUGGACUCACAUGGCAGUGGUGGCCUCUUCUGGACCUUGGUAAUGGGAGAGAAUCCCCAAAAGGUGGACAGUGGAGAGAAGGGGAUGAAGAUCCCCACAGAGAGACCAAUCUAAUGAGAAGGGGGAGCCAACAAGAAUAAACUGAAGGCCCCUUGAAUUUAUAUAUAUAUAUAUAUAUAAAUAUCUAUUCCCCACCCCUGGCCCGCUCUGUCCUUGCUGUAACUGUUUCUAUCUCUGUGUUUAUAAAACGCAUUAUCCUGGCGAAUUUUUAUUUUCAA